AUGAGUUGUACUAGACCAGCCUUAGCAUAUGUUGUGAGCAAGCUAAGUAGAUACACAAGCAACCCAAGUUCAAUUCAUUGGAACUGUAUGAUUCGGUUGUGUCGUUACUUAAGAUACACUCGGGAAUACGGGUUGCAUUAUAACAGAUAUCCAGCAGUUAUAGAAGGACACUGUGAUGCAAAUUGGAUAUCUGACACGAAUGAUUCCAGAGCAACAAAUGGGUAUGUAUUCACACUUGGAGGUGUAGCUAUAUCGUGGAAAUCAUCGAAACAAAUGGUUAUUGCUAGAUCCACGAUAGAAUCAGAGUUCAUCGCUUUAGAUAAAGCAGGUGAAGAGGCAAAAUGGCUAUGUCAAUUUGUUGAGGAUAUACCAAGAUGGCCUAAGCCGGCAUCUACCAUUUGUAUACAUUGUGAUAGCCAAUCGGCAAUUGGAAGAGCUCAUAGCACAAUGUAUAAGUGCAGGAACAGACAUAUUGCUUGA